CGGCGCGCUUCCGUCAUCAUCCAGAACCCGCGAACUGCGGAAUUUGAUUCUUUGCUUGUAGAUCAUUGUACAGACAUCUCAUCAUGACCUGCAUCAAUGGACCUGGAUUCCUCAUAAGUGACAGUGACUCCAGUGAUUCAGAGGAGCUGCCUGUGUUUGAUUUCUCACAGUCAAAACCAAAACAAGUUAACUUGGAGGUUUUAGACAGUUCAAACUCCGAAAUAGCACCUGUUACUUAUCCAGUUUUAUCAGAGGUCCACAUUUCCUCUGGAGCUGCUGGACGAGACGUCUUGAUGGUCAGCAGUGACAGCGAGGAGGAGGCCAUUAUUCCCUUAGCCUUAAGGCUGAAACAGAAACGGCAUGGUCUGGCUACAGCAGCCACUGGUGCAGUGAAGUACAAGGCUUCUAAUGGAUGUUCACACUUCUUAAAGGUUCCAGCUACAUUGCCUGCACAUUAUAUCAACCCUGAGGCCCAGCCAGUAGAACAUAAGAUCUUUAACACUAUAACAAGGCAGUGCAGCUCUGAAUAUGACGCACCACACCUGACCAAUGCACCACCCCCUGUAGGAGAGAAUGGCACUUACCUGGUGAAAUGCAAGAAAACCCCAGCAGAAGUGGAGGCUGCCAGACAGGAAGCCCUAAGGAAAAGAGCCAUGCGAGAGCAUCUGCAGGAGGAGAAGGAGAGGGUGAAAAUGGAAAAGAAAGCUCUUGCUGAUGCUGCAAAAGCCCUGAGGCCAGAGGAAUGCAUCAAACACAUCGUGGUGAUGGUUGACCCUGGCCUUCUGCAGCUAGAAGGUGGCGGAUCUCUCCUGACUUCCCUGCACUCUAUGGGAUGCAGCUGUGCCAUAGAGAAGCAGUCUCUUCCUUGCAGUGUCACCUGGGCUCGACGCUCACCCUGCCCUCAGACUGGUGAGAUGCUGUCCGUUCCACAGUCACAUGCUGUAAUCCAAGUUCCAGUGGAUACAUUUGUGACCAUGAUUAACAACUACUGCAAGAGGCAAAACAGUGGUAUAUUGACUGAAAGCUGCAUAUCUCUGACCUCCUGGACUCAAGGACUCAUGAGCAGAAACCCAGGCAGAACACUAAGCCUGGUCGUGAUUGACAUGGAGAAGUACUAUAAAUCACAGAAUUCAAAAUCCCAGAAGAUAUACCGUGAGGCAGUGCUGGGAGGGGACAUGGGACUUCAGGGAGGGCAGAAAAAGAGAAGAAAGAAAGAUGAUAACAAUCAGAUUCCUGAGGUCUCACGAGUGCAGGUGGAGGAGGCUUUGAUAGACCUGCAGCUGCACACUGGGGUGCAGGUCCGUUUUCUCUCGAACUGGAAGGACUUCACUGAUUAUAUUACCAUGUCAACCAAAGCAGUAGCAGAGGCACCAUUCAAGCAGGAGCGAGAGAAGACAGGAUUCACGUUUUGUUUGGAGAGUGAGUGGGCAGGGGGUCUGAAGGUGGACCGUUCAGGGACCGGUCUUUUGCAGGUUUGGAAGAGGCAAAUCCAGCAGUUAAACCGCGUCAGCCCUGAUAUGGCCAGUGCUAUACUCAGUGCCUACCCCUCUCCUCAGCUUCUUGCUCAGGCAUAUGCAAUGUGCAAAUCAGAGCAUGAAAAAAUUGGCUUGCUGUCAGACGUGCUUAUUCGCCGUGGAGAGGGUGUAACAUCUACAACGCGCAGAGUUGGUCCGGAGCUUUCUAAACGGCUGUUUCUUCUGAUGACAUCAUCCAAUGCCCAGCAGCCCCUUGAUUCUGCAGUAUAGAUUCCUCUGUCGGAAAUAUCAAAAGCUAUUUGCUACAGUGUCUCAAGUUUUGGUGCAUUUUAUAUAACUGUAAAAGGUUUAAUAUUUAUUAGUUAGAAUAUUUUAUAAUCUACAAGCUUUUUAAUGUUUUAUGUGUUUGUUCUGACUAAAAAUCAUUGUUAUUAAAUGUUUCUUAAAGUACCUUAAAAUAAUUUUAUUUUGCCUCCAUCAGAUAAGUUAGUCACAUAUUUCCUUGGUUCAAACCUU